AUGGGCGCCAGCUGGUAUACGUAUGGCGUGGCUUUUUUUGCCGCCAUCGGCACGUUUCUUUUUGGGUUUGAUACUGGCAUCGCGACGACGACCAUCGCCCACCAGAGCUGGAUCGAUUAUAUGGAUCACCCGUCCAAGGGUCUCACAGGAGCAGUUGUCGCCGUGUACAUCGCCGGCGAAGCAGUCGGCGCCCUGACGCAGACCGCCGUCGCCGACAAGCUCGGCCGUCUGCGCUUCAUGGCACUGAUAGGAAUGGUCGCCACAGUCCCGAUCUACCUCAGCGAAAUCUCAGACCCCCGCUACCGCGGGCUGAUCGGCGGCAUCUCGGGCUGCGGCAUCUCGUUCGGCACGAUGAUGUCAAACUGGGUCGGGUACGCGUGCAGCUUUGCGCCGUACGGCGCGGUGCAGUGGCGCCUGCCGCUGGGCAUCCAGAUCCCCUGGGGCGUGAUCAUGUUCGCCGGCCUGGUCACCUUCAUGCCGAACUCGCCGCGCCAUCUGGUCCGCACGGGCAAGGUCGAGCAGGCGCGCGCCGAGUUUCGGCGCAUUCGGCGGGAUUUGCGGACGGAUGAGAUGGAGCAGGAGUUUGGGAUGAUGCUUGCGCAGAUCGAGUAUGAGAUGGAGCGGGAGAUUACGUCCUACCGGGACAUUUUCAAGCUGUUUCGGUCGCGGGUUUUGGUGUCGAUUGCGGUGCAGACGAUGACUAGUUUGACCGGUGUCAACGUUAUUCAGUAUUACCAAACGAUCCUGUAUAAAUCCCUCGGCAUCAACGCGCACACCAUCCUCGCUCUCGCCGCCGUCUACGGCACAUGCGCCUUUGUCACGAACGCCCUCACGACCAAAUACCUAACCGAUCAAUGGGGUCGACGGAAAAUGCUUCUCUCCGGCCUCGGCGGAAUCGCCCUCAUCGAGAUCUACGCCGCUGUCAUGCAGCGUGUCUUCCAGAACACGGAGAACCGCGUCGGAAAAGGCUUCGCCAUUCUGGGCAUCUACCUCUUCGUCGUUUGCUAUUUACUAGACGGUAUGCUGAACAGCACGACCUGGCUGUACGGUUCCGAGGUCCUGCCCAUCGCUCUCCGGAGCAAAGUCAUGGGUCUGGCGGCUGCGUCGCAUUUCAUCGUUAAUGUUGCCAUCACCGAGGCCGGUCCCAGCGCCUUUGCCAAUAUCCACGAGAACUACUACUAUGUCUUUGUCGCGUGCUCGCUGUUCUUCUUCGUGAUUGCUUACUUUUAUUUCCCGGAAACGAAACAAAAGACCCUUGAGGAGAUCGCUGCCUCUUUUGGUGACAAGGUUAUUGUCCCUGGGGAGAUGGAGGAUAAGGAUAAGCCGCACGCGCGGGGAGUGGAGGAUGUGGAUGCAUAG